AUGAGCUCCCUCAAAUUCCUCGUCUCCUCUCUGGAGGCCAUUGCGGCUUCCAAGGAGGCCCAGAGGAACAAGCAGCUGACCGAGUCUCUCCAAAAGACCCUUACGGCCAUCAAAGAAAGCGAUCCGAAUUUUCCGGACCCUGAAAUAGUCUUUGCCCCUCUGCAACUGGCUACGAGGACUGGCAACGUCCAACUCAUCACCGGCGCACUUGACUGCAUCGGCAAGCUCAUAUCCUAUUCCUACUUCUCGCUGCCGAGCACAGCCGACGCCCAGCAGCAAGAUGCUCCCGCGGACAGAGCUCCGCUCAUCGAGCGCGCCAUCGAUACCAUCUGCGACUGCUUCCAGGGCGAGACCACAGCCGUCGAGGUCCAGCUUCAGAUUGUCAAGUCGCUCUUGGCAGCCGUCCUAAACGACAAGAUUGUUGUCCACGGCGCAGGUCUCCUCAAGGCCGUCCGCCAAGUUUACAAUGUCUUCCUACUCUCAAGGAACACCGGCAACCAGCAAAUGGCCCAAGGAACCCUGACCCAGAUGGUCGGCACCGUUUUCGAGCGGGUCAAGACGCGGCUGCACAUGAAGGAAGCUCGGGUGAGUCUGGACAAGUUGAAGCACAGCUCGAGCAACGUCACUUUUGAGCAGGCCGAGUCUGUCAACGGCGUCGCCAACGUAGAAGAGAAGGAAGCAGAGCAAGCCCGAGAGGAAGAAGGGGAGGAAUCGCGAGCGCUCGCCGCCUCCGAAAAGGCCCCUGCCGAAAGCGAAGAGAAUGCCAACGGCAAGCUGACAUUGAAGGACCUGGAACACCGCAAGAGCUUCGACGACUCACAUCUGGGAGACGGGCCUACCAUGGUGACCGAGAUCAAGCCGGGGAGGAAAGCAGCACGAUCCGUGUCCGAACAAUCCACCCCCGAAUCGGCCCAGGAGGACAGCCCCGAGGCUUUGGAUGCCGAGGACGAGGUCUAUAUCAAGGAUGCCUACCUAGUUUUCCGAUCCUUCUGCAACCUUUCCACCAAGGUGCUGCCGCCAGACCAGCUUUAUGACUUGCGUGGACAGCCCAUGCGCUCCAAGCUCAUCUCCCUACACCUUAUCCACACCCUCCUCAACAACAACAUCGCCGUCUUCACCUCUCCACUUUGUACCAUUACGAACUCCAAGAGCAACGAGCCCACGACUUUCCUUCAAGCCAUCAAGUUCUAUUUGUGUCUUAGUAUAACGCGCAACGGAGCCAGUUCCGUCGAUCGCGUCUUCAAUGUCUGUUGCGAGAUCUUCUGGCUGAUGCUCAAGUAUAUGAGAGAGUCGUUCAAGCUGGAAAUCGCCGUGUUUUUGAACGAAAUCUAUCUCGCCCUUCUCGCGAGGCGGACCGCUCCCAUCUCCCAAAAGGUCUACGUGGUCAACAUCCUGAACCGUUUCUGCGCAGAUUCCAAGGCUUUGGUGGAAACCUACCUGAACUACGAUUGCGAGCGUAGCGUGGACAACAUCUUCCAGACCAUCAUCGAGGACUUGUCUAAAUUCUCCACAGCCCCUGUGAUGGUGACACCUGUGCAAGAACAGCAGUACGAAGAAAAGGGGGCAAAACUCAACUCCGGAGGUGACUGGCAGUUGAGGGCAAUCUUGCCUCCGCCCCUAUCUGUCGCACAUAUUACGCCACAACCCGAGCCUGAGAAUGACAUUCCCAAGGAGUACGUGAUGAAGCGGAUAGCCUUGGACGCUUUGGUGGAUUCACUGAGGUCGAUGGUUGACUGGUCCGCCGCUGUGCGGCAAGACGCGAACGGUGUCAGACCGGACGCUGAUACGAGAAACUCCGAGGAUGUCCGGCCGUCCAUCGAUCCAAGCAUGAGUGACAACCCGUCUCGCUUCGAGACACCCGCACCCUCGACGCCCAUUCUGGAGGACGAUCCCGCCUCGUUGGAGAAGGCCAAGGCCAGGAAGACGGCCAUGAACAACGCCAUCAAGCAGUUUAAUUUCAAGCCCAAGAGAGGUAUCAAGCUCUUGUUACAAGAAGGCUUCAUCCCCAGCGAGAGUCCGCAGGACAUUGCAAAGUUCCUGCUUACCGAAGAUCGUUUGGACAAGGCGCAAAUUGGCGAGUACUUGGGUGAGGGCGACCCCAAGAACAUCGAGAUUAUGCACGCUUUCGUCGAUGCCAUGGAUUUCACAAAAAAGCGGUUCGUUGAUGCGCUGCGCACUUUCCUCCAGUCUUUCCGUCUUCCGGGAGAAGCGCAAAAGAUCGAUCGGUACAUGCUCAAAUUCGCCGAGCGCUACGUUAUGGGCAACCCUAACGCGUUUGCUAAUGCUGAUACGGCCUACGUCCUGGCGUACUCCGUCAUCAUGCUCAACACCGAUCUACACAGUAGCAAGAUUGCGAAGCGGAUGAGCAAGGAGGAGUUCAUCAAGAACAACCGCGGUAUCAACGACAACGCUGAUUUGCCUGACGAGUACUUGCUGGCCAUCUACGACGAAAUCGCCAGCAACGAGAUCGUUCUCAAGAGUGAACGAGAGGCAGCGGCAGCUGCAGGUGCCGUCCCGCCACCAUCGACGGGAAUCGCAGCUGGGUUGGGACAAGCCUUGUCCAACAUGGGCCGUGAUCUCCAAAGGGAGGCCUACCUUCAGCAAUCUGAGGAGAUCGCUCUGCGUUCCGAGCAGCUCUUCAAGACCCUGUACAAAAACCAAAGGAAGAACGCACAACGAUCCGGCGUCAGGUUCGUUCCAGCCACAUCCUUCCAACACAUUGGCCCCAUGUUCGACGUCACAUGGAUGUCCUACUUUUCCGCGUUGUCUAGUCAGAUGCAAAAGACCCAGAACCUCGAAAUCAAUAAGUUGUGCCUCGAGGGCAUGAAGCUGGCAACGAAGAUUGCCUGUGUCUUUGACCUCUCGACUGCUCGAGAAGCCUUUAUUUCCGCGUUGAAGAACACGACAAACCUGAACAACCCGCAGGAGAUGUUGGCGAAGAACGUAGAAGCACUCAAGGUCAUCCUCGAACUUGGCCAAACAGAAGGCAAUGUUCUCAGAUCGUCAUGGAAGGAUGUUCUCAUGUGCAUCAGUCAACUUGACCGACUGCAGCUGAUCACUGGCGGUGUGGACGAGAGCGUCGUUCCCGACGUGUCUAAGGCGCGCUUCAUGCCUCCGCAGCGGGAGAACUCAAACGACUCCAAGUUAUCGACACAGUCCAAGCGGAGGGGCGGCCGGCCGAGAUCUGGAACUGGCCCACAAGGGUUCUCCAACGAGAUUGCUUUGGAAAGCCGUUCUGAUGAAGUGAUCAAGGCUGUUGAUAGAAUUUUCACCAAUACGGGCAAUCUCAACGGAGAGGCCAUCGUCCACUUUGCCCGGGCUCUGACGGAAGUCAGCUGGGACGAGAUCAAGGUUUCCGGGUCCAACGACUCACCGCGGACGUACAGUUUACAAAAGAUUGUCGAGAUUGCCUACUACAAUAUGACGCGUGUGCGUUUCGAGUGGAGCAACAUCUGGGAGGUUCUCGGUGAUCACUUCAACCGGGUGGGUUGCCACAACAACAUUACAAUCGUCUUCUUCGCCCUGGACUCGCUUCGGCAGUUGUCGAUGCGUUUCAUGGAAUUUGAGGAGUUGGCUGGUUUCAAGUUCCAAAAGGACUUCUUGAAGCCUUUCGAGCACGUCCUGGCGAACUCUCAGAAUAUCGCUGUCAAGGACAUGGUUUUACGCUGCUUGAUCCAAAUGAUCCAAGCAAGGGGUGACAAUAUCCGUUCGGGUUGGAGAACAAUGUUUGGCGUUUUUACGGUUGCCGCUCGUGAGACAAACGAGAGCAUUGUCAACCUUGCCUUCGAGAACGUUACACAGGUUUACAAGACCAAGUUUGGCGUCGUCAUCUCACAAGGCGCAUUCACAGACCUCAUUGUCUGCCUCACCGAGUUCUCCAAGAACAUGAAGUUCCAAAAGAAGAGUCUGCAAGCGCUCGAAAGCCUGAAGUCCAUUAUUCCCCGCAUGCUCAAGACACCAGAGUGCCCCCUCUCGCAAAAGGGCCAGAGUGCGUCUAGAGAGCAUGCUGCCUCUGCCGCGGAUACUCUGCAAAGGUCACAGAACAGGACAUCGGUGGAAGAAGGUUAUUGGUUCCCGGUUCUGUUUGCGUUCCACGAUGUCCUGAUGACGGGCGAGGAUCUCGAGGUGCGAUCCAAUGCUCUCGAGUACUUUUUCGAGGCUCUUUUGAGGUACGGCGGUGAAUUCCCGCCAGAUUUUUGGGACAUUCUGUGGCGCCAACAGCUGUAUCCCAUCUUCAUGGUCUUGCGAUCCAGACCCGAUCUGAACAACGCGCUCAAUCACGAGGAACUGUCUGUUUGGCUAUCCACCACCAUGAUCCAAGCGCUACGAAACAUGAUCACCUUGUUUACGCACUACUUUGACGCAUUGGAGUACAUGCUAGACCGUUUCUUGGAACUACUGGCUCUUUGUAUCUGCCAAGAAAACGAUACCAUUUCCAGAAUCGGCAGCAACUGUCUGCAGCAGCUCAUCCUGAAGAACGUCACGAAAUUCACACCGGAGCACUGGUCCAAGAUUGUAGGGGCUUUCUGCGAGCUGUUCGCACGCACGACUGCCCAUCAGCUCUUUUCCGCUACCACAAUCAACUCGACGGCCUCCAUCGACAUGCCGCCGAACGGACUGGAUUUUGCCGGUCCACUAAGUCCCACCGAGACGCCCAUUGAGGAAGAGUCGCUGAAGCUCAACGGAUCGGAAAAGAAUGGCGACAACACCGAUGCCAGCUCAACUGAUGCAAACAUUGGAGCUAUUAACGAGGAUGACCUGAAGACCCCGACAGCACCGAUUCAUCCCCAGACCCAGCCUCAGGCCCAAGCGCCACUGGAAGAGUUCAAGCCGACAUCGAACCUGCAGCAACAGCCAGUAGUCGUCACAGCUGCUCGCCGCCGUUACUUCAACCGCAUCAUCUCGCGAUGUGUUCUGCAGCUGCUCAUGAUUGAGACGGUCAACGAGCUGUUUAGCAACGACACUGUGUAUAACCAGAUCCCGACAACGGAGCUCCUCCGACUUAUGGCACUGCUCAAGAGGUCGUACCUCUUCGCCAGGAAGUUCAAUGCUGACAAGGAGCUGCGCAUGCGUCUCUGGCGCGAGGGUUUUAUGAAGCAAGCCCCGAAUCUGCUAAAGCAGGAGAGCGGAGCGGCCGCUACGUACGUUGCCAUCCUCUUCCGCAUGUACGCCGACGACAGCCACGAGCGCACGGCUGCGCGCGACGCGAUCGAGCAGGCGUUGGUGCCCCUGUGCAAGAGCAUCAUCAAGGACUUUGUCGCUCUCGAGGAGGAUAGUCAACACCGCAACAUCGUUGCCUGGCGACCGGUCGUGGUAGACGUUCUCGAAGGAUACGCCGCCUUCCCAGUGGACGCGUUCCACAAGCACAUCAAAGAGUUUUACGUCAUGGCCGUGGAGCUCCUCGGCAAGGACCUCACCACGGAGCUCAGGGUAGCGCUCCUGCUGGUUCUUAAGCGUGUCGGUGAAGUUGGGCUUGGUAUCGAGGGUAUGACCAAGGUAGAGGUAGAUCGCAGAGACAGCAUCCUCAGCAAUGCGACGGAUAAUACAGUAGACGGACACGAGGGCGAUGCCUCGAGCAGGAUGCGGCGUUGA